AUGGCCGAGGAUCUUACGCGACUUGUUCGUGAGAUUGAGCGCAUCACUACCGCCCCUUAUGUGCCUUCGCUCCAGGAUCUAUACAAUUUGGCACAAAAUCUAGAUACAUCGAAGUUCAAAAUAUGGUCUCUGCAAAAACCGUGCCAAGUGGGCCUGUUAGCGGAUGUCCUGGUGGAAAGCCUGUCGCGAUCGCGAGUUGCUUUGCGAUUACUCUCCACAUUUGCUAUGACCACUUUCUUCCGAGAUGCGUUGCUGAAUCGCCAUCCGAUUGCAUUGGACACUUUCCUUCAGAAGGCCGUGGAUUCUGGGGAGUCGGACUACACUACGGCAUGCGUUGCUUUACUCUCAUCACCUCUUCCAUCUACCAUGGUUCCACCCGGUCGCCUUCCCAGCUUCAUCACGAAGUUGGUUUCAGACAUGGCAGGCAACCCUUGCGCAGAGACUGUGGCCCCUCUCUUGCAGUUUGAAUUUACCAAAACCCUCCGCAACAUGGAAGACCAUAUGGGCAUCCUCAUGAGCCUCGCUACAUUUUCCCGCAUCGCAUCGACCCAGUCAGAACAUCAAAGCCCCUCUAAACAACACGGAUCAGAGCCACCGAACUGGCUUCUAAACAUUCAGCAUUUCUUCGGGCCUAAACGCGGGCAGAAAACCUUGGAUUUGGUUGUGUUGCGAGUCAUCCUAGCCUGCUCUUCAAGUAGCGGCUCCCUCACUCCCUCCCAAGCCGCAGAGAGCAUCCGCCUCGCCAUAUCCAUAGUUGAUCAAAUUGACACUAGCCAGAAGAAUGCCUGGGUUGCGAGUGGCUCGUCGAAGGUUGCCAAACUGUGCGAUAAAGUGGUCCGAGAUGGAUUGAAUCGGGAAGUUCAGCUCAUGGGCUUGACCUUCUUGUUGUCCAUUUGUCCGGUUGCAAACUUUCCCCCUCAAAUUCGCAACCUGGGGCUACGGCUUCUCAUCUCUAGAGAUAGCCGAGUAGCUCUGACCACUAUGGAAUCUCACCUAGUGAUUCGCCUGACACAGUCCCUGGCUACUUGCGAUGAGUCCAUCAUUUAUGAGCUCCUCCGAUUCACUGUCGAUGCCGUAAAGGACAACAAUAUGAACCGUGGAUCCUUGUCUAAUCUGCAUGUCGCAAAUCUAUUACUUUCAAGCUUCCAGCAAGCCGAGUCCCAGCAGGUUAUAUCCUCCUUCUUAAGCUCAACGUCUACAAAAGAGACUAUCGCCAGUCUUUUCGGCCAAUUCCCGUCCAAAACCAACCAAGCCCAGUGCGAGGGCUCAGAAAUUUGCUACUGCGCCUACACUGCGUUGCAGAAUAAGAUCCUGCGAAACCUUUUUGAGAUGUAUUUUGCGGCCGCGUUAUCUCAAAACGGGAACGGCAGAGACAUCGAUAUUAUCAACAAAUUCCGUAGCUCUCUACUCCUCCGUGAUCGUCGAGAAUUCUCAUCGCAGCAGCACCCGAAUCGAGAUUGGCGGUCUCAACUCACUGAUACCUUCAUGCAGAAUUCCAGGGUGGCGAAUGAUUCUAUGCUGCAAAAGGUCGAGGAUAUUUGUUUUGAUAUGGAACGACGCUGCUAUGAUGUUGAAGGCCCCCUGCGUUCUGCCGAGGAAGACCGGAAUAAACAUAUGCUUGAGGUGGAGCAGCUCCGGCGCGAAAAUGACAACCUCGAACACGCUAGCAGGCAAUCUGCGCAGGCGAUGUCCGAUCUCCGCCAAGAGAUGGCUCAUCUGGAAAAGCAAGCCGAAAGCGCAUACAAUCGCAUAGAAGAGCUGUCUGCCUCGCUCAUCUCCGCAAACGACGGGCUCCAGGAGCAAAUGCUUCACUCCGAAGGGAAUCUUCAUUUGGAAAAAGAAAGAGCUCGAUCACGGGAACUUGAUUUAAUGGCUACUUCAACAGAGAAGGACGAUCAGCUAGAAGAACUACAGGAGAAGCUGCAUCGUCUCCAGUCUGAUAACGAAAAGAUGCGUCAGUCACUCGAUGCCGGGAUGCAAGAAAAGGCAUAUUCAUCGGAAACAGUUGCAUCUUUACAACGUGAUGUCGAGGAGCACAAGGAAGGAUUAGAACAACAUAGGAAUCUAUGUUUUGAGAAGGAGGGCGAAAUUCAACGUCUCUUGGCGGCGAAUAAGGACCUUCAAAUGGAGUCGGAGAAUAUGAAGACUAUGAGGGUCGAACAUACCCAAGAAGUUGAGAGGCUGCAUAACUCGCUACAAGAAGCCGAAGAAACAUUGAGAUCGGAGAGGGAGGCGAUGAGACAAAAGCAUGAGGUUGAAAUCUCUGAUAUCACAGCAGAGGCCACAAAGCUGAAAGAAGAAAAUACACGCCUGCAUCGCGAGAUGAAGGAUAGCGUGUGCGAGGCCACAAAGAAGAUCCAGGCAAAGGACAAGCGCAUGCAGCAGCUGGAGAAGAAGGUUCAAUCCAUGCGAGAUGAACGAGAAGCUAAGGCCAGAGAAUUUUCCGAGGCCCAGCAACAUAUUGGUCGUUUGAUGGGAGUCAUGGGCUUUUCAGCACAGCCAGCACAGCAGACGGAGCCUAAAUUCCAACAGCCAAGGAGCGUGAAGCAAUCUAAACCAGCAGCACACCACCUCGAUACAUACAACGACGAAGAUUCACAAUUGGUAGAAUCCUUCGAGUCCAUGACUUCGAAUUUAAACGAACGCACUUCUAAAAGACCUCGAGGAAAUCGCCUUUCGCAUCCAUCGCAGCCUCAACCCCGACCACAGGGUCUUCCGAUAUCCAAGUCGAGCCCCCAUAUCUCGGAGUCUGCAAGACGGUUGACUCGCAAACCUUUGGGCGAAGCUGAUCUCAAUAGUCCGAGCAAGUCUCCGACUGCCAAUGUCGCAAAGAAUAACCCGCCUAUGGUUGCACCGACCGAUAAUUUCGAGGAUAAUUGUCUUCACGACUUGGAUUUGGAUUUGGAUAUGGAGUUUUCGCGGGACUUCAUUUUUACCAGUACAGCGUUCUCGGGGUCAGAUGAUAAGUCGGCACCGCAAUGA